AUGCAUAUUCGCCUACAGCCUCGUAGGAGACCACAAGGUAAGCGCACCCCAGGUAAGCUGAAUGUUGCCUUGUUGUAUUUGCCCGCUCAUCAGCAAUGAGCUCAAUAGCUAGACAACCUUCCCAUCGCAGCCGCCCCCGGUGCUGCCGAGAACGCCUCCGUGUUGAUCCGAUGGUGCCAACUGCGAGACACAGUCCAGUCGACGGCGCUAACCGUCCUCGGUCGCGCACCCCGCCAACACCAGGACUGGUUCGACGACAACGACGACACCAUCAGAAAUCCGCUUGCUGAGAAGAACCAUCUACACAGAGCCUACGUCGACCGCCCCACUGACGGCAACAGAGCUGCUUUCUACCGCAGUCGUCGCCAUGUAAACAGCGGCUGUGCGGGAUGCAGAACGCCUGGACUUCUCGCAAGGCCGAUGAGAUGCAAGUGUACGCGGACGGCAACGAAUGGAGUAAUGUUCUCACCGCAAUCAGGAUUUUCUACGGCCCGCCAUCCAAAGGUACUGCUUCUCUUCUUAACGCCGACGGCAGCACUGGAUGACGCAAAUCCUACAGUGAUGAGCCGAGCCCCUCCCUCAAUGCACCGCGGUCGCAAAUCAGCGUGAACAGAACCCAACUUCGAGUGGUGGAGAACUUCCCGUACCUCGGCAGUACCCUCUCGCGGAGCACCAAAAUCAAUGACGAAAUCGCACGCAGGAUUUCGAAUGCCAGUCAGGCUUUCGGCCGCCUCCAAAUCACAGUUUGGAAUCGUUAUAUUCGUCAACUGAGCACGAAGCUGAAAAUGUACAAGUCCGUCAUCCUGCCGACGCUGCUGUACGGAGCGGAGACUUUGACAGUGUACACGAGACAGGCACGUCGACUGAACCACUUCCACCUCAGUUGUCUCCGUCGCAUCCUGAGGCUGAACUGGCAGGACCGCAUCCCCGACACCGAUGUGCUGGAACGAACGGGAAUGCUGAGCAUCUACUCCAUGUUGAGACAAAUGCAGCUGCGCUGGAGCGGCCACCUGGUGCGCAUGGACGACGAGCGACUACCCAAACGACUCCUCUACGGAGACGUCGCGACGGGUUCUCGCCGUCAAGGUGGCCAAAUUCGCCGUUACAAGGAUACCCUGAAGUUCUCCCUGAAGCGCCUGCAAAUCAAUCCGGCCAACUGGGAAGACCUCGCCCGCGAUCGUCCGACAUGGAGGAGAACAGUGAAGACUGGCGCUGCGAUCUAUGGAGCCAACCGCAUCGCCGCCGCCAAAGUGAAACACGAAGCACGCAGAUCACAGCUGUGUCCACUCCGAAACGCCGACGCGCAACCGCUUCCAACGUGUCCUCGAUGCCAACACAGAUUCAGAGCGUUAAUUGGACUUGUUGGACACCUUAGGUUCAGUUCAGGGGAUGGUGGCACGCCUAGGUGUGGGUCCCGCCCUGCCAGCCACCUGCGCCAUCCCUCGCCUCCGGUCUUCCUCACUCUGUAUUGCCACUCUGUCCAGUUUGGGGGAUGGGGAAGGGAAAGUGUGGUAGAUACUGCGCAAGUCUGCUGGUACUUUAAACUAGUUCACGCGCAAGUCACCGUGCCUGCAGCCCCUUGUUGCUACGGUCAAACUGACGAAACUACAUCUCUGAUUAAUCGCUCAACAGCACAUCAUGAAGGGCGCAUCUUACGACCUCUCCUUUUUUUAUGGGUAAUCGGGCAUUUUGAAAAGCAAGAGAUCUCCAUAGUCCACUUUGUUUUUGGAUGAAGGGCCAAACUGAGACAUUUUCUGAAGAAUAAGGCUUCCUAAAUCGGCAAUCAGCGUGGUCGUCGCACACCUGCGCCAUGCAGUUUUACAUUUCCACCCACAUGAAGGAAACUGUGAAACAGAACAGAGUUCGACUGUAGAACACUUCUUUGAUUCAGACCCUCUGCUUCGCUUGCAAUUCAAUUAGCCCUCCAUCUUCUCCCCCGCCUUGCGUUGCCGUCAAUGUUCGAAAGUGA